AUGCGUUUGCUGAUAUUCCUGAGUAUUGUAAGCUUGGGUCAAUCAAUUGACCUUAGCGCCGUUUUUGACAUCGACGACCUGAUUGUCUUUAUCAAGACCGCAGGGAGCAGACUUUCGGAAGCCGCUGAUGAAUUAAACGACCUAAAAAUCGAUGGAACAAAAAAAUAUGCUGAAGUAAUCGACACGUACCUGAUCCAGGUGCCACACACUGACAAAGACGGUGAAAAGUACCAGAAGCUCAAGGACCUGGUGGAGAAGAUUGACCAAGCUUGGGAUAACCUGGGCACAAAAGACCCCGGGGACGAUGACAAAACCCAGCUGACUGCUUUGGCAAUGACCCGUGAUGAGCUUUAUGAUCUUUACGUCGGAAAUGGAACGAGCGACGGACUUCCAGCGGAGAUUGCUACGGCGGAGGUGCCAAAUAUGUGUCAGUUGACGAAUCCUGACCAAGUUAGAUUGAAGAAAAUUCACCAAGCAGUUGCUCUGUCUGAGCUCAGGGCCUUCAUUCUGAAUCUCAAGGCCGGGGAGGACAACCAGAAGGCCGUCGCCAAGGGGAUUAUGCAAUCCGAGGAGUAUAUCCUGACCAGCAGGCUUGGAUUUGAAGAAACUUCAGACAAUUUCCACGCGUGCGAUCCUUCGGAGCACAUCAGAGGGGAAACUUUCGGAGAAUUCAUGGGUCUCUUCCAAGGAUUGGUUGUUAACGAAGGCCACACAAACAACAAAUCCGAAAUUAGUAAAUGCGGCGAGUCUUGCGACAAACUUGAUGAUACUAGGAUAGAAAAAUGCUUCAAGCCACUGGAUGGGUAUGGAGAGACGUCGCAUUGUCACAGGAAAAAGUGCUUAGGUAGACUUUUUGAGUGUAUGAGCGUCCAGGAUACAAAUGUUUGCGAAUUGGAGCCUACAUCAGACCGCCGAUUUUCCUGGCUCUGGAGUGAAGGACAGCAAAAACACUACGGAAAAUAUGAUGGAGAUUGUGAGGGGAAUGUAACUGAUAUCAAGGACAGAGAAGGGCCAUCAGGGAUAUGUGUAACUUGCCUGUGCACCUGCGCGGAAGAAGAUCCACCUAGCAAAGCCACCAGAACCGUCAGCUUGCUUCCCCAGUUUGCUGACAUCAAGAAGAACAUGGUCGUCACCGGGGUGAGGUUCCAAGAGAAUAACAAGGUGUUCCACGUCCAGAUCGAGGAAUCCAAGUUGGGGCCGCUGGGGGAAAUCCUGUCCGGGACUUCCAAGUGGAAGAAGCUAGACUCGUUCACUUACGACCCGAAGAAUGGAACCUUUCAGACGAGCAAAAGACUACGCAAGCAGCAGCUCUACGACAAUUUAGACUACAAGAUCUUCAACCGAGACAGCAGGACGGUCAAUCUUGACAAAGUCGAGACUCCUUAUGGAGAGGUGAUCGUUGGAGUGUCUCUGGUCUAUUCUCAAGAUGAUGAUGCCGUGCAAAUCCAGAUCCUGUCCUGGCCCUUUGAUUGCAAGACUGGAGAACUAAAGGACCCGAUUAAUUUAGAGGACGAGGAUGUGGUCCACGAUUGGAUCACCUGGAAAAACUCCCCUCGGAAGCCAUCUUUCUACGAUAAUGACAGGUCAGAGAUUGAAUUGAGCUCUCUUGACGACCCUGCUCUAGCACCGAAAAAUCAAAUCGUAUCAAAUCCAAAUGACAAGGUCAAGAUUGGAACUACUGGGUACGAAGUGGACAUGGGCCAGCACACCAUUCCCUACAUCACACUCCAGGAUGUCACCUAUUCUGACAAGAAAACUGCUUUAGCAGGCUUGGAGCUGUACUACGCGCGCACUGAAGGCUUCGGAGGGUUCCUGGGCUUCACGAUCCAGGGCUACGACUUUUCUAAAGACUUCCAGAAUAAAAUGAACCAGGAUGACAUCGACAAGUACCAAGCGGACUUUGAUGGUCAGCUCCCGAGGGAGAUUCCUGUCAAGGAUAUGUAA